UUGUGAUCAAAAGUAUAAUGAAGAUCAGUCAGAAUGAGAUUGUGGAGGAGAAUGUCUCAAAUGGUUCUCCGGCCGAUUCACACGACGAAAAUCGCAACCGACGAGUAGUGAAAACGGUGUAUAAAACACUACUACGCGGUGGGGGCGGCGAGACGGAGAAGCUAGCAAAAGUGGUUGGGAAAGAAUUGGAAUGGAGGUACCAUGGACCUCCUCAUUGCCAACACAUGAUGAAAAAGUUGACUGGUGAGGCAAUGGAGAAGAGUUUCAAGUUUAGGCCAAGGAGAAUGAGAAGUGUUAAGGGUGACCGUUUGAUUGUUGAAGGAUGGGAAGAUGUGGGGGAGUAUUGGGUGCAUGUGUGGAGGGUGAAGGAUGGGAUUAUUACUCAGUUACGUGAGUAUUUCAACACUUUGUUAACUGUGGUUUCUGAGGAUUCUAAUGAGGUUAGGAUUUGGAGGAGCACUCCUUGGGCUAGAGUUCAAGGGUCUUUGCCUGAUCUUGUGCUUUCCAUAUAAAUCAAAUGAUGUGUGAAAACUAAUAAUGUUGAAUUGAUGAAUGAUUUAGUUUGUCAUCGGAGUGGGUGGGAACAAAAGUGUAUUUUCUAAUCAUGAAGUUUUUUUUAUAUGUAUUUUCUAUGAGAUACUCUUGUCUCGUGGG